UUGUAAAGCAAUAAUAUUCCAGGGCCAGAUAAGCAUAAUGCUGCGUGUAGAGGAGCAUGAGCAGAGCGUGACAGUUUGCCAGUCACCCGCUCACCAGUUGAGAGUGUCAGUUUGCAGCUGCAUGCCCUGUAAGGGUCAGUGGUAUCUGACUAAGUUGUUUGCUUUGUAGAUCUCCAAAGAUUUAGAAUAUCUUUUAGGAACACGUCCAGAGAUUGAUGUUUGCCCCCAAGUAACUUGCAAAAUUAGUUGUCAAGUAAACAGAAAUACGGAUGAGUUUUUCACAUGAGAAGUAACACUAAAAUCAUGCUAGCAUAAUACAUAUAUUUGCUUUUCCCUACAAAAACCACACUGUUUAGAGGCUGACAGAGAAAAAGGACUGUGUGCAUUAUUCUGCUGGAAUUGAUGCAAUUUAUACCAAAAGAUCAAAGAUUUUUAAAUGAAAAGUUUUCAAAUAAAAACUUACUCCAGGAUGUAUGUUACUAUUAAUGAUGAAUUUCUUUCUGUGAUGACUUUGUGUCAACCACAAGGACAAUAUGAAAAUAUUUGACUGUAAUAAUAGUGUUUUUGUACAGGGGGAAGACUUUAAUACCAUUAAUUUACAUUUAUAUACUGCCAAGACACUACAGAGAAGGUUUGAAUGACUUUUACGUUUCUGUGUACCAGAAAAAGAGCUUUAAAUAGUGCCCUACCUGCUGUGUGUUCUCAACAAUAUAGUUUGCCUGUUGACGGGUCUAUAGAUGGCCAUGAAAGUUACUGAAAAUAACUAGUUAUUACAAACAUACAGACUGGAAAGACUGGGAGUCAUCUGUGGGCUGUUAACUCAAUACUUCUAGAUGAAAAGUAAUUGCAACUAGAGAUGUAGAUAUUCCUUGAUUCCAGAAGAUGCUGAUAUUUAUUUUUGUACUUUUGUUUUAUUCUUUAGUGAGAUAGAAGAUGAAUUCAGCUGAAAUCACUGAUGAUGAUGAAGUAAAAAUUCCUAAAAAUGUGAAAGUAGAAACAGAAAAUGAAGAUGAAGCUCUAGACUGCUCAGUAACUUCCAGAUCUGCUGAGAAACACUCACUGGAUGGUGCAGUGACUUGCCUACAGGAUUCCAGCAAACGGAAACAGACCUCCCUUGGCUGUGAUGGGUCAGGAGGCCAGCAGGAUGCCUUACCCAGCGUGAAGAAGAGACGCUUUACACAAGAGGGCUCCCUUUCAAACAUGAGGAACAGAGAUGCUGGCUCACCCACUCAGGUAAAUGCAGAGCAGCCAAGCAAGAACAAGAAUUCUAACGUAACAUGGCUCUGUGAAGAAGAAUCCUUCAGUGACAUAAUCACUCCAUCUUAUAAAAAACCUCUCUAUGGCAUCUCACACAAAAUCACAGAGAAGAAGAACCCACCAGGAGCAGAGCAGUUUGCUUCUUACGACUUGUUUGAAAAAAUCAACCCCAGCAGUCCCUCACAAAUUCGGACUUUGAGCGAUCAACGCAAAAGAGACUCUGCCAUUGCAGUAGCAGCAGCCACAGCAGAUUCAGAAUCAAAUAUAUAUUCUUUGAUACAGAAAAUGUUUUACACGCUGAACACGCUCAACACCAAUAUGACUCAGCUUCACAGUAAAGUUGACCUGUUGUCUCUGGAGGUUAGCAGAAUUAAAAAGCAAGUCAGUCCAGCAGAGUCUGUUGCUGACUUCAAGCCUCCUCCGGAGUACCAGCUGACUUCUACAGAACUCAAACAAAUCAUGGAUCAAAGCACAUCGGGUGGAGACCUGGCUUGCCGGUUGCUCGUGCAGCUCUUCCCAGAGCUCUUCAGUGACGAUGAGUUCGGCAGGAGUUGCAGUGCAUGUGGCUUUCUCAACAAAAGGAAACUUGAAUCUCUUCAUCUGCAGCUUAUUCGUAACUAUGUGGAAGUUUGUUAUCCUUCUGUGAAGAAUACAGCUGUGUGGCAGUUGGAGUGUUUGCCUCAAGUCAAUGAUUUUUUCAAUAGAUUUUGGGCUCAAAGGGAAAUGGAAAACAGUCAGCAGAAUGUGCAAUCAUCCAGUUUUUAUGAGACUGAGCAGGUCGAAUCCUCUCAUUUUAUGGAGGAUAAAGAGCAGGAAGAAGCUUUGUCCUUGGACAGGAGUAAUGUCAUUGCCUCAGAUUACAUGCUGGAUGCUCAGGAUCUCAAUGAAUUUUUAGAUGAAGCUUCUUCACCAGGAGAGUUUUCUGUUUUUUUGUUACACAGACUGUUUCCAGAACUCUUUGACCACAGAAAAUUAGCUGAAAGGUACAGCUGCUUUGGAGACUCUGGAAAACAACUGCUGGAUCCUCAUCGGCUUCAAAUAAUCCGUAGGUACACUGAAAUUUACUUUCCAGACGUGCAAGAAGAGGAAGCCUGGUUGCAGCAGUGUGUUCAGCGAAUAAAUGAUGAGCUUGAAAGUAUGUAUAUGGAUGGAAGUGAAUGUGACCAGAUGAGAGAUGACUGUUACGAUUCUUCUAGUUUACCAGAUGAUGUAUCAAUCAUAAAAGUGGAAGACAGUUUUGAAUAUGAAAAGCCUGGCAGACGGUCCAAAAAAAUUUGGCUUGUACCCAUAGAUUUUGACAAACUUGACUUUCCCCCUCCUGAUUUUGAUGUCCCUGUCCCGGACUACCUGUUGAACAAAGAGCAGAUUAAAAGCAUAUAUGAAAGCAGUCUUUCCAUAGGCAACUUUGCUUCCCGAUUACUUGUUCUCCUAUUUCCUGAACUAUUUACUCAUGAAAACUUACGGAAGCAAUACAACUGUAGCGGAUCUUUGGGCAAGAAACAGCUUGACCCCACUAGAAUUAAAUUAAUUCGACAUUAUGUGCAGAUACUGUACCCCAGAGCAAAGAAUGACAGAGUGUGGACAUUGGAGUUUGUUGGGAAGCUCGACGAGAGGUGUCGACGAAGAGACACGGAGCAAAGGCGCUCAUACCAACAGCAACGGAAAAUCCACGUGCCAGGGCCUGACAGGAGGGAAUUUCUCACCUAUGCAAUAAACCCUGAGAGAUUUCGGGAAGAAUUUGAAGGGCCGCCACUGCCACCAGAAAGAAGCAGCAAGGAUUUUUGCAAGAUACCACUCGAUGAACUUGUUGUUCCUAAUCCAGACUUCCCUGUGCCUUCUCUGUAUUUGCUGUCUGACAAGGAGAUAAGAGAGAUUGUGCAGCAGAGCCUGUCGGUCGGCAACUUUGCUGCCAGGCUUCUUGUAAGACUCUUUCCUGAACUCUUUACUCCGGAGAAUCUGAGACUGCAGUACAACCAUUCAGGUGCUUGUAAUAAAAAACAGCUUGAUCCCAUCAGACUGAGACUGAUCCGUCAUUAUGUGGAGGCAGUUUAUCCUGUGGAGAAAAUGGAAGAAGUGUGGCAUUAUGAAUGUAUACCGAGCAUCGAUGAAAGGUGCCGGCGUCCUAACAGAAAAAAGUGUGAUAUACUGAAAAAAGCUAAGAAAGCAAAAAAAGUGACAGGCUCUUUAAACUGCUAAGACUUUGACCACUAAAUUAUUGUCAAGAGUAUGCUUUGGUUUAGACUGAAGGGCCUGUCGGGAGCUGAGGGUUCUCAGCACCUGGGACAGUCAGGCACUAAAUUUGUUGCGUUUCAGUGUGAGUGUUGCAUUUCUGUUGGUGCCGCAGCAGUGGGAAGUGGCUGACUACAUUUGUACAUGGGUAAAGACCAUCAGUGACAGCUAUCAGUGACUCGCUAAGAGCAUGAUAUUCACUGGUGCAAAUACAUGUAUUGAAACUAUUGCUCCACUCCCCAUUUCUGCAUCUUCCUUUUCUAUCACUUUCUAAUAAUAAAGAAUUUUUUUUUUAUGGUUGUGCUCUUCAAGAGCAGUUUUUCAUUAUACCAUUAUAAACAGUAUUUUUAAUUAAUUCAGAUUUUUGACUAAGUUUAAUUUAAAUUUGAAUGUGCCAUUUUCAUUUGAAAUCAUUGGAAUAUUAGACUUUGCUUUUACAGUAACUUCAGCCUCACACUUGUUUUGUUCUUCAUGAUAUUGAGGUACUGGAAGGUUUAAUACUGUGUCAAAGAGUGGGUCAGAAUGGUGUCAUUUGCAUUUUUGACUGUUACAUUGGUUUUAUUUCUAAAAUCAAGAACUUCUGUUAAGAAUUGAGACAUGAGCAUAGAAACCAUGGGAAUGGGUUUAUGGAUUUUUUUUGCAUUGGCACCACAAGCUUGAUCCUGCUCCCUUGAGUUCUGUUAUUGUUUUGUCCAGUGUAACUGCUGGAGCAACUGAGGGUUGCUUGUCUUGGGUAAAGCCAGCAGAACAGAUCCAAGCCUAUACCCAUGGAAUGUCUUCCCAUCAUCUGCUUGCCACCGUGUUUGUAAAAUAGCAGAAGCAACAGCAACAUCAAAAAGACCUGAAACAAGAACUUAAAAAAAAAUUAGACCUUACUUUCUAUCAAAAUCAUGAUUCCAAUGGUUUCCAGUGUUGACAUUGAAUUUCAUGUAUAAAAAGUAUAUGCAAAGAUUGGUUUUGUGGUGAAAUCCAGUGUUUCAGGGUCCCAGCAUAUGAGCUGUGGUAAUGUAACUUACUCUUUCCAUGAAUGCAGCAGCAUCUGGAUAUCUGGGUGUAGGGAUAUGGAACUCCCUCACUUUGCCAAAUUGUUUUAGUGUAAUUAGUAGCUCUUUGGAGACAUAACUGUGUAUGUAUAACUUAGGUUCAUAUGGUCAAGUUUGCAUUAUUAAUAUCUUCAAGUAACAAAGACCAUCCAGAACCCAACAUGAAUUUGCUGUAUGACUUGUCACUGGAGAGUGCUGCUUUAAAACUAGUUUUCUCUUUCUUUAAAAAAAAAAAUAAUACUGAUAGAAAUGGUGAGAGAGAGUCAAUUAUGGAUUCUUAAUACAGUAAAGACAGUGGUUGCCUACAGAGCAUCACUGGAACACCUUGGAGCAAUUUUUGAUGUUCUCUGUGGUCCUUUUCUGUUGUUUACUUAGAUGGGUCAUAGCAAAUUUUAAGUCAGUUCCAAUGUAAUUUUCUAUUUUAGCAUUUGUAAGGAAGUACAAAAUAUUUGAUAUUUUUACUUCAGAUUUUUAGAAUAUAUUGUUCGUAGACUCAUAUUGAUCCCUUUAAAAGGAAAACAAAAUGGUUUUUCCUGAUGGCAAGAACUAGUAAAUGUAUUGUGUUAAACUGGGAGUAAAUCAUAGUUAGUAGCAUUUGCUCAUUUUGCCCAUAUGCUAGAAACAUUCUCAGAGAAUGUAUGAAAAAAAGUCAUGAAUGUACUAAACAACACAUUGAUACUGUUUAUAUUCAUUUAAAUGUUUCCUGUUGGUUUACGUAAUAGCAGACCAUACUCAAAAUGGAUAUCAGAGCAAAUACGGCUAUAAUAAAUUGAAAUAAUUUUACCAAAGAUAAAGAACCGA